GCGAGCGAGGGGGCGGGGCUUGGUGUUCCUGCGGAGCCAUGGAGUGGGACAGGCGCUGCUGGAAGUGGCAUUGAGUUAAUGUGACUCCUUCUAAAGAUCCUGAUUCAGGAGAGAAAGUUCCCACCAUGACACCUGGGAAAGAGCGGGAAGCAUUAUAUGAAGAUUCCUCGGGAGAUGGCGUUAGCACCAUUUACGGUAACCCAGUUCCAGCCCAACUCUCGGACUCCACCGAUGAAUUUACCACAUAUUUUGAUCAGAAAAUUCCUAUACCUGAAGAUGAAAAGCACCCGUGGUUCAGUUUUCGAAAACUCUGGGCUUUUACGGGACCAGGUUUUCUCAUGAGUAUUGCUUAUCUGGAUCCAGGCAACAUUGAAUCGGAUCUGCAGUCUGGUUCCAUUGCAGGGUUUAAGCUGCUUUGGGUUCUUUUGCUGGCCACUGUCAUUGGUCUGCUUCUGCAACGCCUGGCAGCAAGGUUAGGAGUGGUAACAGGACUUCAUUUGGCGGAAGUAUGCAACCGACAAUAUCCCAAGGUCCCUCGGAUUGUCUUGUGGCUGAUGGUGGAGCUGGCUAUCAUUGGCUCAGAUAUGCAAGAAGUCAUUGGCUCAGCAAUUGCCAUUAACCUGUUGAGUGCUGGAAUAGUACCUUUGUGGGGCGGAGUUCUCAUAACAAUCGCGGACACCUUUGUGUUUCUCUUCCUGGAUAAAUAUGGUUUGAGGAAACUGGAGGCAUUUUUUGGCUUCCUGAUUACUAUUAUGGCCAUCACGUUUGGAUAUGAGUAUGUUACGGUACGACCAAACCAAGGCCAGCUGCUCAAAGGGAUGUUUAUGCCAUAUUGUGCCGGCUGUGGAGCCCCUCAGUUAGAGCAGGCUGUCGGGAUCGUUGGUGCUGUCAUCAUGCCACACAACAUGUACCUGCAUUCUGCUUUGGUCAAGUCUCGACAGGUGAAUCGUGCCAACAAGAAGGAAGUCUCUGAGGCCAACAAAUAUUUCUUCAUAGAAUCCUGUGUCGCCCUUUUUGUCUCCUUUAUCAUCAAUGUUUUUGUGGUCUCGGUAUUCGCUGAAGCUUUCUUUGGCAAGACAAAUGAAGAAGUAUACAACUUCUGUGCAAAUAAAAGUUCUCAAGCUGCGCUGUUUCCACAAAACAACGAGUCCUUGGAUGUGGAUAUCUAUAAAGGGGGGGUUGUCCUGGGCUGUUACUUUGGCCCUGCUGCUCUGUACAUCUGGGCAAUUGGGAUUCUUGCAGCUGGUCAGAGUUCAACAAUGACUGGGACGUAUUCUGGACAGUUUGUCAUGGAGGGUUUCCUCAACCUGAAGUGGUCACGUUUUGCUCGAGUAGUUCUGACCCGCUCCAUUGCCAUCACCCCGACCCUUUUGGUUGCCAUUUUCCAAGAUGUGGAGCACCUGACUGGCAUGAAUGAUUUUCUCAAUGUUCUUAUGAGUUUACAGCUUCCUUUUGCAUUAAUCCCAGUCCUCACAUUCACCAGUCUGCGUCCUGUAAUGAAUGACUUCGCUAAUGGCUUGGGCUGGAAGAUCGCUGGGGGAAUUCUCAUUCUUAUAAUCUGCACAAUUAACAUAUACUUUGUGGUGGUCUAUGUUACUGCCUUGGGACAAAUGGUAUUUUAUGUGUGUGCUUCCAUUCUCAGCAUUGUCUACCUUGCCUUCGUGGCAUACUUGACGUGGCAGUGCUUAAUAGCGCUCGGGAUUUCCAGCCUGGCCUGUGGGCACACGCUUUCCUUGGCAACUUUAAAGGCCCUGAAAGGUUACAACCUGGGACUCAUUUCUCGCCCUGAACUCUUCCUCCUCAACAACAUGGAUGCUGACUCGGUUACGAGCAGAUGAACUACAGAAGAAGGGGGAAAAUUAAAAGGGGAAAAAGCCCUCUUAUGCUGCACAAAGCCUAAUUCUGGUUGGUUCAAAAGUGAGUGACUAUGCUCCAGAGAGACUCCUGUUUUGUACGAGGAGCAGAAAUGAGAUGGAGGGAGGGAAGUGGUGCUGUAAAGGAUUUCCUGGAAAAGAGAUUCCUUUCAAGCUGCCAACUGUGAAAGCUGUUAAAGUGCUACUGACACCAUACACUGUGAAGGGGGCAGAAUGGUACGUAAUGACAGAGAGAAAUCUUACCUUUUUGUGUGGGCCAAAUACCUGCAAAAUGUGGGAGAGGGCAUUGACAGAAAUGGAAGAGCAAAAGGAGAGUGCUCUUCUCGUCUUCCUCUCCCCAACAUAUACAUUAUCCUGUCCCAUCUGUUUUCCUAUUUGGCUUUAUCCCUAGCCUCAGCAUGCAACUGAGGCCUCUUUUACACUACCCUAUAUCCCCGGAUCUGACCCCAGAUUAUCUUCUUAUUCUAGAUUAUAUGGCAGGAGAGACUCAUAUAAUCCAGUUCAAAGUGGAUAAUCUGAGAUGAGAACCUGGGAUAUAGGGCAGUGAAGAUCUAUCCUGGGAGAAAAGAGGUUGGGUGAGAAGUUGAAGGUUGGGGUGAGGAGGCAGGUAAGAGAGUUUGGGUCUUUCUUCUCAUGUGCACUUUCCCCCCUUGAAAUCUCCCUUUUGCCUUACAACUUUUGGGAAGUGAGCUGCAUUUCAAAAUAGCUGCCCCAUCACUGUCUUAUCUGUAGAAAUAUCUACAGGUUUUUGAUCUUUUUAAAAAUAACAUGGGUAGCCAUAUACAGGGUGUUUCAAAAAAGAUGGACAUGUCAUUUUGCAACACUCUGUCCUUCUCAGUUAAAGUACUAAGCACUGUCUUGUCUUUCUAAGAUACAAAAAUGACUACAUGUUCUUCCUCACCUUCAAAUUUCUAGAAGCGGGUGGAUAUUAUUGAAGAAAUUAAGCAAUAUUUUUUUCUUGAAGGUUUAUAAGUUGAGCUAUGAACCCAUUAUCAGUGGAUUGCAUCGAGACUUACUUGUGAGUUGACUGGAGUCUGUUGGUAUUAAUUAGCCUAGUCUAACCAUGCCAAAGUCUAGAUCCAAUCCACGGAGCUCACAUGUAAACCAGAAAGAAUUCUGAAACAUAACACUAUAUGAGAAACACAUGUUGACAAAAAGGACACCCUCUGCAUAAGCCUUCAUAAAACAACGCCUCGGGGAAAGUUGUUCUUUCAUCAGGCAGCAUAGGAAUCCUAUAAAGGAAUGACUGGAUGAGCAGGAAUAUAUGUCUCAAGGAGAGUUUGGACAGAAAAGUUGCUUGGUAGAUUUGCUGGAAAAAUUAGUGAACCAAGCUAUGGGCUGUUCUUGACUUUUUCUCUGCUCAGCUUUUUCCUUCUCCCCAACAUUCGUUGUUACUUGUUUCCUCCACUCCCAUAGUGACAUAAUCCUUUCCUGGAAGCCACAGACAGUCCAAGACCUCGUAACUUCCUGAAGUUUGCUGCCUUUAUUUGAUACUAAUGCAUACAGCCAGACUUUUGCAUAUUUGACUAUUUACAGAUGUGAUUAAUAUGAUCUCUCGAGGAAUCUCCAGGUUUUCUGGCACAGCUUUCUAGUCAGUAUCUGCUAGCCAUUGGCCAUUAAGUUCCACCAGAGAAUCUAGGCCAGUGGUUCUCAAAUGGUGGGUCCCCAGAUGUUUUGGCCUUCAACUCCCAGAAAUCCUAACAGCUGGUAAACCACCUGGGAUUUCUGGGAGUUGUAAACCAAAACACCUGGGGAGCCAUUGGUUGAGAACAACUGAUCUAGAAAUUCCAAGGGAAAACACAUCUCUAGGUUCUCCAGCACAGUUGUGGUCAACAUCUGGCAGAAGUUGACCAUAAAAUUCAUCUAGAGCAGUGGUUCUCAACCUAUGGGUCCCCAGAUGUUUUGGCCUUCAACUCCCAGAAAUCCUAGCAGCUGUCAAACUGGCUGGGAUUUCUGGGAAUUGUAGACCAAACCACCUGGGGAUCCACAGGUUGAGAACCACUGAUCUAGAGGACCUAGAGAUUCCUGGAGAGUUGUUCUCUUAGGUAAACAAUAUCAAAGUUGUUCACUUUCACAAGGUCUGUGACUCUAAUCCCAGCCCGAAUGUGGAGGUCUGACUACUUGUUUAUUUUGCAAUGGGAUUUGGGAGAUGUGGUACAAAAGGGAACUGUUAGCUUCUGACUUAUGAUACUGCAAAACGUAUGUUUUUGAGUACUAUCCGUCCCCUUUUUCCAGCUAGGUCAAUCAUACUCCCGCAGAAAUGCAUGGAGAAAGGCAUAGGAUAAUAGAAUCCAAGGGAAGACUUAAUUAUGAAUUUUGUGACUAAGGACACAUGUACACAGUUAAAAAAGUUGAAUCACCAUGGUUUCUUCCCAAGAAUAUUUGGUAGUGUGAUUCUGUGACAGUGCUUUGGAAUAUGAUGGCAUCGUUGUUACUAUAAGAGGCAAUGGUGUGGUUUCUAGGAGAGCAGCUUUGAAUAUUGUGGGUCUUCCUUCCUGCAACCAGUUCCCCGCUUGUGGUCCUCCUUUAAUAUGGGAAGGGAAACUCAGUGAAUGUGUCCUCUUUCAUGUCAGUGGGGAGACAAAGCCACUCUGGGUUUUACUCCAUCAUUUAACGGCGCUCUAUCCAGAGUCCUGAACCCAACUUCCGAAAUAGUUUCCGCAUUUUGACUAUUACUUUAAAGCAGGCACGGGCAAACUUUGGCCCACCAAGUGUUUUGGACUUCAACUCCCAGACAUCCCAGCCAGUUUACCAGCUGUUAGGAAUUUUGGGAGUUUAAGUCCAAAACCGCCUGGAGGGCCGAAGUUUGCCCAUGACUGCCUUAAAGUGCAGCCUAAACCAAGAACGGAGUCAUCAGCCAACUGGCAUGGAUGCCACCUCUGAGGAAAACCCUCUGACAAGCAGCCUGUCUAUAAACACUGGGCAUGUUUUAACCAGUUAACAAAAGCCAUCAAGCUGACUUGGGGCCCUUCCACACAGCCCUAUAUCCCAGAAUAUCAAGGCAGAAAAUCCCCCAUUAUCUGCUUUGAACUGGGUUAUCGGAGUCCACACUCAAAUAAUGUGGGAUUUUCUACCUUGAUAUUCUGGGAUAUAGGGCUGUCUGGAAGGGCCCUGAGUAAAUCUCAGAAUUCCACCAUAAAACCAUAAGAAGUGGAACAUUUCACAAGAGGUCCCAAACAAGCUUGGUGAAUAUGUGUACGUCUGACUUGACUUGGUACGUUUUGGAUUAAUCACCUCACUGAACAUGUUGUGCGCCUCUUCCCUUUUAUGUAUGGAAAAUGUUUGGAAUUGUGUUACAAAGCAUUCAGCGGGCAUUGCCCUUUGGUACUUGGUGGGGUUUUAAAAAUGUAUUUUAAAUCAUUGUUCUGUUACAAAAUACAUCAUCCCUUCCUCUCUUUUUUGCUAUUUUUUAAUUUUAAUUUAGCACUAAUUUAUUUUGUAUGUAUUGGUCUCUAAUUUUUGUUUCUUUCAAUGGGGGUCCCGAUUUUCAAAUAAAUAUGUCCACUGCCCA